CACGAGCGCGCGCCUCCUCCCCAUGGAGUCGUCCGCCGCGGGGGGCCGCACCCCUCCCCGCCCGUCGGCGUCGUACGCCGCGGCCUCGCCUCCGGCUCCCCCUCCGCCGUCGCCGACGGGGUGGCUCGCGGGACUCGUCUCCGGCGCCGGCCGGAUCCUCGCCGCAGUGCUCGGGCCCGAGCCCUCCGCCUCCGCCUCCGUCUCCGGCUCCCGCUCUAUCGCCUCUGCCGGCGCGUCGGACGGGGGCUCGCCGUCGGUGUCGUGCUCGCCGGCUCCGUGCCGGCUUCCUGGCCCUCGCGGCGAGGGUCACAAUGGCGGCACCGAUAACGAUGAUUCCUCACUCUUUCCUUUGAGAAACGAUCAGUUCAAUCAGGGUGAAAACAAGACUGUUCAAAAAAACUAUGGGUCCCUAGCAAUUGUCUCUGAGAUUGAGCCGAAGGAUGCCAUAAUGCAAUUGCUUAUGCAGGAGACCUAUUCAAGGUCCGAGUGCAGCAAGUUUAUAAAGAUAAUUCAAGAGCGGGUUUUGGACUCAGAUUCUGGUGAUAUAGAUGCUGGUGGCUUUGCUCUUACAAGUGCUCAAAGGGUUGGCAGACAAGCAGUUGACGGGUAUUCUUCAUUUAGUCCAAAUGAAUCCUCACCCGCUACUUCAAGUCUUCAAAUGCAUCGCUGUGAUAAUAGUGCUGCUUUGGGCACAAUUCCAAAAUUAACUCAUACCGACCAAAGCCCUUUCAUCCAGAAUGCUAAGAACGUACAGCCUGUUCUCAAACGAAAUUACUCUGUUAGAGAGGAUGCUUAUGGGGAGAUUCGAAGAGUCAGGCCAAAGAUCAAUGGAAAUCCGCUGAACAUUUCAAAAUUCAAGCAAGUUGAUAUUAUUCGAAAUCAUCCAGCCGCGAAUUCACAUGAAGAGCUCACUGCCAGGGAUCCAAAUGCUUCCAGAGAUGAAAAGAAAAUAUUAACAGAUGUUAUGGGAGCCAAUAAUUUAACAUACCCUAUCAUUAUUUCAAAAGUUGAAAGUGCUGAUGAAAUAUUAGAUGUCCCCAAUAAACCUUCAGCUGUAACGCCACAGCUAUUUGAUUCCAGCUUCUCGCAAGCUGGUAGGAACCAAAAAGGUUUUGGUCCUUCAACACUUAAUCAGUGUUCUAGUGAGGAUCUGAAAAAAGGCUUUCCUUUGAAGGUGGAACCUUUGAAUGUAUUUAUUCCUUUCGAGCAGCAGAUGAUGGACUUAUCACACCAGAAGCAAGAACAUGCUGUCUGCGAGGAUUCUUGCUCUCUCUCAAAAUUAAUGUUGAAGCAAGAUAUUGAGGGUGCAUCCAGCCUGCCGAUGGCCCUUCAACUACAAAAUGGCUCCAAGAACCGCAGAAGAAGGCAAUCCAGCUCACAAAAGACUGCACCAUCUCCAACAAGGUCACCUGCAAAGGGACCACGUCGAAAGAACAACGACGUCGUAGUCAAAUCGGAGAUGGACUUGCUUGAGCAAAGCAAGCUGGUACUGACGGAACAAGGACCGGAGUUGGGCGACGUCCCCGUGAAGAGACCUGUUGGGCGGCCAAGGAAGGCGAGGGUUGAGCCUAGCACAGUUGAUCCGAGCACCCCUGCUUCGUAGGUUUUGACUUCUGUUCGUCUCGAAUUUGGGUGCCUCUCAGUUUCUUCUAACUUGUGUAAAGUGUAAACUAUUUUAACGCCAAUAGCUUAUGGUACUUCUGAAGAACCUGGAAGUCAACAGUCUUUUUCA